UGGAAAACGACACUGGCAUAACACCACAGCAUCGUAGCCACACACACUUUUUCAAUUUUCUCUACACAAUAAACUAACUUUACUUUCAGCUUAGUUUAGAUUAAUAGUAGUUAGUACUUAAUAACUUAGCGUUGAUUUCAAUUCCACUUUCGUUGGACGAAAGGUAAAAGAAAAAUGUGGAAAUUCGGCGUCGUUUCAGUCUCCAAACUCGCCAGAUCGCGGCGUUUCUCCACCGCGAUUCCCGGUCCUUGCAUUGUUCACAAACGUGGUGCCGACAUUCUUCACGAUCCAUGGUUCAACAAGGAUACUGGGUUUCCUUUAACUGAAAGGGAUAGAUUGGGGCUUCGCGGGCUUCUUCCUCCUCGCGUUAUAUCGUUCGAGCAGCAAUAUGAUCGCUUUAUGAAUUCAUACCGAUCUUUGGAGAAGAAUACUCAGGGACAGCCAGAGAAAGUUGUUUCCCUGGCAAAAUGGAGAAUCUUAAAUAGACUGCAUGACAGGAAUGAAAUUUUGUACUACAGAGUUCUUAUUGACAAUAUUAAAGAGUUUGCUCCAAUAAUAUAUACCCCCACAGUCGGAUUAGUGUGCCAAAAUUAUUCAGGGUUAUUUAGACGGCCACGUGGAAUGUAUUUUAGUGCCAAAGACAAAGGGGAGAUGAUGUCAAUGAUCUACAACUGGCCAGCGCAUGAGGUAGACAUGAUUGUCUUGACAGAUGGAAGUCGAAUUCUUGGAUUAGGUGAUCUUGGAGUUCAAGGAAUUGGAAUACCCAUUGGAAAACUUGACGUGUAUGUUGCUGCUGCUGGUAUCAACCCUCAAAGAAUACUUCCAGUAAUGCUAGAUGUUGGUACCAACAACCAAAAGCUACUUGAAGACCGCCUAUAUUUAGGACUUCGGCAACCAAGACUGGAAGGUGAAGAGUAUCUGUCAAUUGUUGAUGAAUUCAUGGAAGCAGUUCAUGCUCGAUGGCCCAAGGCCAUUGUGCAGUUUGAAGAUUUCCAAAUGAAGUGGGCUUUUGAAACUCUAGAACGAUAUAAGAAAAGGUUUUGCAUGUUUAAUGAUGAUAUACAGGGCACUGCCGGUGUUGCACUUGCUGGAUUAUUGGGAACAGUAAGAUCUCAAGGUCGACCAUUGUCUGAUUUUGUGAACCAAAAGAUAGUUGUGGUUGGAGCUGGGAGUGCAGGGCUAGGGGUUCUAAAAAUGGCCAUCGAGGCAGUUGCAAGAAUUUCUGGGUGCAGUGAAAUAGCUGCCAAAAGUCAAUUCUUUCUGAUUGAUAAAAAUGGUCUAGUCACAACAGAAAGGAAAAAUCUAGAUCCAGCUGCAGCCGCAUUUGCUAAAAAUCCAAGAGACAUAGAUGGGCUUACCGAGGGUGCUAGUAUAAUUGAAGUGGUUAAAAAGGUUAAGCCACAUGUGCUCCUAGGUUUGUCCGGUGUUGGUGGUAUUUUCAAUGAGGAGGUGCUUAAGGCAAUGAAAGAAUCCGUUUCAACAAAACCUGCUAUCUUUGCCAUGUCUAAUCCCACCUUGAAUGCUGAGUGCACUGCUGUUGAUGCUUUUAAUCAUGUCGGGCAACAUAUAGUGUUUGCAAGUGGAAGCCCUUUCGAAAAUGUAGAUUUUGGUGAUGGGAAAGUAGGGCAUGUAAAUCAAGCAAACAAUAUGUACCUUUUCCCAGGAAUUGGUUUGGGAACACUUCUGUCAGGUGCUCAUCUUAUUACAGACGGAAUGUUGCAGGCAGCUUCUGAACGCCUUGCUUCGUACAUGGCUGAGGAAGAUGUCUUAAAAGGAAUUCUAUAUCCAUCCGUUAAUAGCAUACGAGAUGUUACAGCAGAGGUUGGAGCUGCUGUGCUUCGAGCAGCCGUUGAAGAGGAUCUGGCAGAGGGACAUGGUGAAGUAGGAGCUAGAGAACUCUCACACAUGUCAAAAGAGGAGACUGUGGAAUACGUCCGACACAAUAUGUGGUACCCUGUGUAUGCUCCACUUGUUCAUGAAAGAUAGAAUCACAUGGUAAGGUACAACUAAAGACCUGGUGUAAUCUACAUUUCAAAAUUUUGUGGCCAAGCUUUUUGUAUUCAAGUUUUUAAUCUGAUGUUCUAAUCAAAGUUGAGCGCUGAAGGACACUUAGAAAAAAUGGAAGCUAUAUGUCUCCAUUUGGUUUGGCCGUGAAUUUUGCUUAUUAUCAUUUGGUUCCAUAUUAUAGUGACUAUAAUGGACAUUUGUAAAUGACUCGACGUAAUGCUGAUGAUUGCGAUCCUGGAUAUUUUCAUUGUUAACAUUAUUUAUAUGUUACACUGUCAGCAAUUGUUUUUGUAAAAUGAUAGCAAGGCAAGGCUAUCUAUGGCCAUGACUCCCGCUUUUCCAUCA